GGAAGAAUAAUGAUUGUAAAUAAACUUGCUGCCAGGAGGUGCUGCCUCAGUAUAACCUCCUGUUUCAUAACCUUGACCUGUAACUCUGCGGAAAGCCGUAGUUUUGUAACCUGCUCCCACUUCACUGUCUCCUCGCUCUAAUGUUACGCUGUAGGUAGAGACAGUGUUUUAAAGACAAAGAUUUGUCUCCAGGAAGAUACUGAGAUAAAUUCGUAUUUUAGCGGGAGUUGAAGAUCGCCUGAGAGAAUGGGGACCAAAUUAGCAUUGGGCUGACAUUACCGCGGGUACAAGUGGAGGUGGAGGCUCCUCCUCCCACACCCCUGUGUUGUGUUUGUGAGCCGCCCGUUGUCUCUGUGGCUCCUACUGUUCUUUGUAACCGAGUGAAGCUUAGCAAAUGCACUGUAAUUUUGAGGAACAGUAUCUAGCUUAAAAUACAUGUGUUUCAGAGGAAUUACAAGAAAGAGGAACAGAGGAAAUUAAAAUUUUUGUGGUUUUAAAACGUGGAAAAAAAUUUAACUGAUCUUUACAUGAUUAAAUGCGGUUGAUGGUUUGCCAUUCAGAGCGCUAGUGUGCCUUGCUGGAAUACAAGGACGUCAGCAUGACAGGAUCCCAUGGAAGUUCAAGAAAAAGCCUCUGUUUUUAUUAUGCAGUUGGACUUAACUAGAGCCAUUCCCAGCCUUAUAGUUGCCUUUGUCGUUGUAGCUAAUGGGGAUCGCCAGGGACACAAAAGGUCUUUAGUUUUACCAUCAAUGGGAGCUUUGAUUUCUAGUAUUAGCUUCACUGCAAUAUCAUAUUUUUCCUUGUCACUCUCUGUCCUAUUUGCAUUUGCAUUUAUUUCUGGACUGUUUGGGAGUAUAGCAACUUUCCUUGGAGGAGGCUUUGCUUACAUAGCAGAGGAGUGUCAUGAUGAGAAGCAGAAAACAACACGAAUAGCUGUAGUGGAUUUGAUUUUUGGAGUUGUAUCUGGACUGGCAGGAUUGUCAUCUGGCUACUUUCUAAGAGGAAUAGGCUUUGCAUGGACAUUUGUGAUAGCAUCUCUGCUCCAUGUCAUUAAUAUAAUCUAUAUUGUAUUUUUUCUGGAAGAUACCGUAGGUGUAUCUCAAUUCCAGCAUGAAGCACCAGUAUCCUGGAAAGACCUUCUUAAGGAGACAUUUUCUGGAGUGUACAUGCUUUUUCAAACUGCCCCUCAUAAAAAGAGAAUUUUAAUAAUUGUGUUACUUUUUACAUUUAUGACUUAUUUGUUUACUGUGCUGGGAGGGACUUCACUUUUUACACUGUAUGAACUGGAUGAGCCACUCUGCUGGAAUGAAGUAUACAUUGGAUAUGGAGCAGCUGCAUCCACUUCUGUCUCACUGACCAGCUUUUUAGGAGUUUACUUAUUUUCCAAAUGUCUCAAAGACAUUUAUAUUGUCUUUAUUGGGAUGUGUUCUUACAUUGGAGGAAUGAUCAUGGCUGCCUUUGCCAAAACUACUCUGCUCAUGUUUUUAGUGAGAGUGCCAUCUUUGUUCUGCUUUAUGCCUAUUCCUGUUCUCCGAUCCAUGCUGUCAAAAGUGGUUCUCCCUGGUGAACAGGGUGCUGUGUUUGCUUGUAUUGCCUGUUUAGAAGUUGUGACCGGCACAAUGUCAAUUUCAGUUUUUAAUAUUCUCUAUGCAACUACUGUUGCAUGGUUUUCAGGCUUUAGCUUCCUCCUAUCAGCAGGCCUUUGUCUAAUUCCACUGUCUGUCCUGUGCUGGCUUCUGUGCACAAGCUGGAAUGGGGAGGACUUGGCUCUGCUGGUACCUGAAGAAGUAUCCAGCUUAGAGAGUGCUGAUAGUUGAACAAAGGAUCCACAUACCCAGGAUUUCUAAUCUGACGUGCAGUGGCAGAGAUAGUUAUGUCACACAGAAACCACAGAGAUAACACAAUCUCCAAGUGGCCCUACAGCAAUAAGCACUAAAUUGGUACCACUCAAUACCCAAUCUCUUUUUAGCAUUUGACUAAAGCUAGCUAUUAACUAUGGAAAUAGGCUGACAAUUGAGAUUAAUGGUGCUUCAGCAUGAAGGAAAAAAUAAGGUAGGAUGGUACUUUUUCCACUUACUCUUUCUCAAGUUUGAGAAUGUCAGCUGUGGAUUGUGAUACAUCUUGUAUCACUCUAAGUUGGGUGGCAAAGACAAGCUUAGCAACCCAGAGUAUGCUGGCACUUCUGCUGAAGCCAUUGCAGCUUGUGCCAGCGGAGGAUGUGGUCCACUGCAUACAUCUUGAAAGGCCUGUCUUAACACUGAAGCCCCAAACUGUCUAAAAUUACUAAACUAAAAAGUAGGUUUUUUUUCAGAAAGCAAACUGGAGGCAGUACUUACACCUGCCAUAAGCACACUUACUGUUCUGCAGCUAGCAGAGUGUUUGUGUAAGUUUAACAUAAUAUGUGUGGACCUUGCCUGUGACUUAGCUCUUGAAAUGGAUUUUCACACAGAACUGUCAGAAAACUUCUUGCAGAGAAAUCUUGUGGAGUGUGAAGUUUAGCCUAAACCUACAUUUUGCAGAGGCCAUAUUGCAUAUUUAUCAGUUUCCAUAUAUUAAGGAAUGCAUACAGACAUCUCUGUUUUGUCCCAGGGAUACUUGUUUUCUAGUUAAGUUGGUACUUAGCUUAAAGGUUUCUUUUAGUGAAAAUCUGUGAUAGCAUUUCUUAUCUGUAGAUCUUUAUUUUUUUAACAACUCUGAAAUGAGGUGACAAAAUCAAAUCAAUAAUCUAUUCAUCUUGCAAGAAAUGCAGCAUAAUUUAUGAACAUUUGAACAGCACUUCUAAUCUUCAAAGCACUUUAAAAAUACUAUUCAAAACAUCCUUCCAUAAUAGAUACUAUCCUCUCGGUUGGAUAGAGAGAAAUUAACAGAGAGGACAAGUGACAUGCCCAGUGCAAACUGGUGAGACUACCAAACCUAGGAAUCAGUUUCAGCCCUGACUCCUCACCUUUUCCCUGAAAAUCUUUAAGUAGAAAUUAUCCUGAGUAUUAAAUUCUAGAAUGCACAGCACAGCAGAAAUGUGAGUAUAACAUCAUGUUAAGGACCACUCCCAUCUGUUGAUUUUGUUAAGAGUUUGACAGCCAAUACUGUUCUGAUCUCUCAAAGUUGUGUGUGACUCUUUUCCCCCAAGACAGAUUAGGUAGAAAAAGCAAAACAAUGUAAAGACGUUGCCUUUAGAGAAUGAAACCUGUAGGAAAGCAACUUCAAUGACUUCACAUGCACACAGCUUAGGAUGAAAAUGCAGACAGACAUAGCAUGUAUACACAAUGAGCUGCUUACAGCCACUGAUACCCAUCCUAUGAACAGAGACUCCUGCAGUGGUACUCCACCAAAAAACAGUAAUGCCAAAUCAUGAUGAUACUUUUAUAGAUCCUUUAAAACUGAAUGAUUGCAUUCUUUCUAAGUUAUGUGUCAUGAUCACAGAGAAGCGUGGAAGAAGGUUCAAAUAAUUUAAAGGGAGAGCUUAUAUUCAGGAUACCACUAUCUGCCCAUCACAGGUGAAAACAGGGCCAUUUAUCCAGGCCAGAGGGAAUGGGCUAACACCUCUAGUUAGCUCUUACACUUCUGUCCUGAACUCCCAAGACUGAUGUUGGCAAUUAAAGAUCAUUAGCUUUCUCUCAGUAGCUUAGACGAGGGCCAGAAAAUAAAACUGCUUAAUGCCUUUGAGGCGCCAAAGCUACUGCCAACUUAUUGGAAACAUGAGCUGAGUGCUACAAUAACCAGUGGGUCCAAAACAUAAUGAGUGCUUGUAGAGAGAUUAAGAAAACACUGAUGUAAAGGAUUUUAGCACAAACGUUACAUUGUCUUCCUUGCCUCUUCAUUAUGCAGUUAUGUAAGGCUUUAUGAAAUUAACUAUUUCACACAAAACUGCCUGGAAAUAAAAAAGCAGAUGCAGAAGGGACGUGUACCUUCAGUUGCUCUUCUUCAGUGCACACCUCUCCUGGUACUUGGGAGCUCACAACAAAGCGAGCCACUUGCACAGUGGUACACCUCAGGAAUGGCUUUGUUAUGAUUCAACUGCACAAAGUACGUGCUGUUUGCAGAGGUUUCUGGUAGAUGGAGCAUUUAGAACUGGCUAUAAAUUUAGGCCAAAACACAUGGAGGAUAUGGAUUGUGUUUCUAAAAAGCCUUGCACAGUGGAAGCUGAGGAGCCAAGUACUAAUAUGCAUCAGAUUAUUAAAGCAAAAUCUAUUAAGCUUAUAAUAAUUUCUUUAUUUGUGUAUAAAUACAAAUUAUUUUGACAUAAUAACAAUAAAGUUUGGGUUUUUUAAACUCUG